GCUGUGAAGAGGCUUUCAGAAUGUUCAGGACAGGGAACAGUGGAGUUUAAAAAUGAACUGAGACUCAUAUAUGAACUCCAACAUACAAAUCUUGCUCAGCUUUUUGGAUUUUGCCUCCAUGGAGAUGAGAGGAUGUUAAUAUAUGAGUACAUGCCAAACAGAAGUUUGGACUACUAUUUAUUUGAUUCAACCAGAGCUCUGUUUCUAGAUUGGAAGACUCGUUUCAGUAUUAUUGAAGGAAGCGCUCAAGGAUUGCUUUACUUGCACAAGUACUCAAGAAUGCAAGUAAUUCAUAGAGAUUUGAAACCUAGUAACAUUCUACUUGAUGAAAAUAUGAAUCCCAAGAUUUCUGAUUUUGGUAUGGCAAGGAUCUUCACCCAUAAUGAACGGGAAGCAAAGAUUAAGACUAAGAGGAUUGUUGGGACAUAUGAUUACAUGUCUCCAGAGUAUGCUAUGGGGGGAAUUUUUUCUGUAAAAUCCGAUGUGUAUAGUUUUGGAGUGUUGGUGCUUGAAAUCAUUAGUGGUAGGAGAAACACGAGCUUCUACGAUGACGAACGCGUGGUCAAUACAGUCGGAUAUGCAUGGGAGUUAUGGAAUGAAGGUGCAGAGUUAGCAUUCAAGGAUCCAACACUAGGUGAUUCAUAUCAUGAGGAUCAAUUGUUGAGAUGCAUUCAUGUUGGUCUACUAUGCGUGGAGGAGAAUGGAGCCGAUCGGCCUACUAUGUUAGAAGUCAUUUCCAUGUUGACAAGUGAAGGCAUGUCACUACCUACACCUACAAAGCCAGCAUUCUGUACGGAGAGAAGAGGGGUCAGAACUGGUACGGUUGGAAAAGCUUCAGAAAAUGCAUCGAUAAAUACAAUGUCCAAUUCUGAUUAUGAUGUGCGUUAAAGGUGCUAAUGUGUCGUGAACCCGAGUUGUACUUGAUUUCCACAAUUGCUAAUUAAACCUAGUUUUGCUGAAUAUACAUCCAUUGUCCCAUGAAGAAAAAAGACGGACGGUAAGUGCAAGUGCAUGUGAUGAUCUGCAGAUGGACGAUUACUGGGUUCCUGUAGGAUGAAAUUGCCCGAAUGCAAUAGGUACUGGUACAUUAUCAAGAGCAGAGCACAUCCAAUUGGAAGAAGCAGAAAUUCUAUUAUACAACACUUUUUU